AUGAGUAAAUAGAAGUAAACUGAUAAUAAAACUAAUGAAUAAUUUAUUAGUGAUUUGCGGUCUCUUUUUGAAGUCACUAGCAAUAGACAUAAACAAGAUAAAGAUUUCUUGAAAAAAUUUACAUCCCUCAUUAAAAAAGAAAAACUUACUGAUAAAAAAAAUGUUGUCAAUGAAUUACUCAAUCUAUUUAAACUUGCAUCCAAUUCUAAAACUCUCUAUUUCAAUACUAUUGUUGAUGCCUUAUUGAUUUUAUAAACAAAGGAUAUCAAUAUCAAUUUUGUAUUGGCUGAAGCUAUCAGAGGUCCAUGCUAAAUUGAUAAAAAAGCAAAAGAAAAUUAAGAUAAUGAAGAAAUCAAACUCUUUUGUUUUCAAAAAUUAGAAAUUUAACUUACAGAAUCUUAACUCAAUCUAUCCAAAGUAUUAGUUUUUAUGGAAAGAUUAUUAAAAAUUAUUUCCACUAAAACUAAAGAAGAAAUGAAAAAAAUGUUUUAAUUCAUGAACUCCAUUUAAGAUAUCUUAAGUUAAUAAUUAUAACUACAAAGCUUAAUAUGUAUCCUCAUACUUAAAAUUGUAUUAACUUUCAAAAAAGAAUUAAUCAUACAAAAAUCCGAUAUGAAAGUCUUAUACCAUUUAAUUGAUGAGUAAAGCAUUCAUUUGGUUUUCAAAAAUAUCCUUACCAUUUCAAAAACUACAUGUAUUUAAAUCUCUCUUAUUUUAAGAUGCCCAUAAAUACUAUCAUUACAUUUUUAAAAGUUGCUUCACAUUAUUAUGUGAAAUUUGUAUCAAAAAUAAAAUGGCUGUAUACUUUUAAGCUUUUCUCUGCAAUCCAUUAAGCCAAACUUGUCUAAAAACUAUAUUCAACAUUAUUAAAGAAUUCAACUUUAAAUUCUUCUCAGAACUCAAAGAUUUGGUAACAAUUUCAUCUAUAAACUAAGCCUUAUUUAUUUGAAAAACCUAGAUUUUUUAUAGAUUAUUUACCCACCAACUUUUUACUAGGAUUGCUUAAUAGAAAUCCAGGGAAUUGGAUGAGUGUCUAAAAUUUCAUACAAAAUCACAUUUAAAUUGAUGAUAAAUAUCUAAAUUUCACUAUUGCCAACUUAGCUUAGAGAUAAUCUAAAAUUAUUGAUCCAGGAUGCAUUUUCUAAUCAAAUAAAUUGUAUAUUUUAGAUCGAUUACAUUAGGAAAAAGAAAAAUAUUACUUAAAUUGAUUAAUUAUUGGUUGAGUCAAUUUAAUAGCAAUAAGAUGUUGGAGAUUACAAUACAUAUAUUUAUUGUUAGUUGCAUUUACUUUUAUAUUUAAAUUCUUACGAUCUAACAAGUAAUUAUUUCAAUAAAACUUAAAUAUCUUGUGAUUCAAGAUUCUUUAAGAGGUUAUUUUUGCUAAAAUUAGAAGAUAAAAUGUAAAAUCUAAUAGCUUAUAUUUAGAUACAAAUACUAAGAAAUAACAAAGUUACAGAAACCAAGAUAAGGUACAAAUUAAUACUUUACUUUUUAAAUCAACAAAUAACUUAAAUAAUUGAAGUACCCAAUUGCUUAAAGUUAAAUAAAAUCUAUUUAUUCAGAUAUCAAAUAAAUGCUUAACAUAAAUUAUCAUUUCUAAUUUCCAUUUAUAUCAAAAUUUUCUUAAUAUAUAAAAGUCCUCUUUAAAGAUUUGACUCAAUAAUUCUUGAACAACAGUUUAUUCCCAUAUGAUUAUUAGUAAUACUUUGGUUUAAGUAUAUAUUUCUAAUUAAUAUAGUUAUGAUAUUAAGUUCAUAUUCGAAAUAGGCUUUUCAAGCUUUUAUUUAUUCAAUUUUUAAUUCUUUAUUGAUAAUGAAGAAGCCACACAAUUUGAAUUAAGAAUUAACAUCAUUUUAAUUAUCUGCUUUAUAAGAGGUUGGAGUUAUGUUUGAUGAUUUAAAUAUUGAAGAUUCAAUAUUUUAACAAAUGAUAAUAGCAGCAAUAAAUUUUUUUACUAAUUUUGAGAUUAAAAAGAAUUCAAAACUAAAUUAAUUUACACAAAUUUUAGAAAGAUUAAAGAUUUACUUAAGAUUAAAUUGGAGGAGUGAAUAAGGUGUAUUAAAACAAUACAAAUGCUUAAUGUUGAUGGCAGUAGAUCGAUUUUUAAUGAUGAAUGGAUUAGGGUAAUUAAUAAUAAUAAUUAGGGCAUAAUCUUUGAAAAAUAAUCAGAGUAAAUUUUUAAGAUUCUUCAAUACAUAUUUAGUUAAUAAUAUAGAUUUCAUUGAAGUUUUGAUAAAAUUAACUCAACAUAUUAAGAUAUAAGAAGUUUCAAAAUAUUUAGAAUAUUUAGGAGAAUGUUAUUUAGGAAGUCUUACAAUUCAUAAGUAGAAUAGAAGCCUGAAAUUUUAAUUGUGUACUUCGGUAUGAAAGUUUAAUUAUAAUAGAUUUUGUAUCAUCAUAGAUAGAAAGCAUUGAUAAAUUUAGAAUAAAAUAUGAAUGAUCCUUAUCAACUUUAUGAUUUGCUUUAUUAAUUUUAGAGAGAGAAAAGAUUAAAAAAUGAAUAACCAAAUUUAGAAUCAAAUGGAAGAUAUUAAAGUCGAAAGAAAUUAGUUUAUUUGUUCAUGAAAGAAUCCUAAUUUACAAAGGAAUAUUAUAAUUGUUUAUUGAAAUUAUUAAAAUGAAAAAAAAAUAAAAACAUAUAUGUUGGAUCUGUUACUAAACAAAUAGUCACAAACAGUUUAAACCUUGUAAUUGCAAAGGAUCUUUGUCAUACAUUCAUAGGAGAUGUUUGAAUGAGUGGGCUACAAAAUAGUACAAUCAAAACAAUUAGAUAAUAAAAUGCCCUAAUUGUAAAUAUGAAUAUUUGUUUGCAAUAAAAGAAUGCUAUAAAGUAAAACCUAAAGGUUAUUUAAGUUACGAAAUUUUUCAACUUGGCAAUUUUGUGAUUCAAUAGAGAAGAUUGUCUUAAUUUGUAUGACAUUAAGUUUAAUAUUAAUUUCUGGACUUGAUUUUAUGUCAGUGUCAGAUUAUUUACAAGUAGAUGAAACUGAUAAACAAGAAGUAACAAUGUUCAAAUGGGUUAACAGAGUACAUUUUGGAACAGUCUUAAUUAUACUCUGUUCUGCAACAUUUAAUAUAGUUUAAAUGGCUGUGAGUAAAACUGAAUUAGAAAUUUUGGAUAUAAGAAAUUGA